ACUUCACGUCUCGUUUAACUGAGAGAAGCUGAACGUUUCGUAAAUUUUUUUAAAUUUUUUUAAAAAAAAUUGGGAAUUCCUGUUUCUUCCACGCAAUCUGACUCUGCUGUUUCUUUUCUAUCUCCUCCUUUCUUUUCGUUCUUCUCUUCAAUUCUUCCUUAUUCCGAUUACCGAAUAAACCGCUCUUAUUUCUCAUCCUUUCUUUCACUGUUCCUGCAAGGACCCGUUCCUUUACUACUGUGCUUCGAUUGAUUAUUACUCUUUCCUUUUUGGGCGGUUGGGGCAACAAUCUCCUCUGGGUAGCUGCCGAAAUCAAUUUUUUCAGCCGGAACUGGUUGAUGGGUCGCAGCUCCUUGCAUUAAUCAUUGGAAGUAACGGUUUGGGUAAUGGACUGGCCAUUUUUGCUUGAUCUGUGUGUUUGUGAAUGAUGUUCAGUGGACAAAAAGGUAUACAUGCUUCCGGCAUAUUAAAAUGGAAAUGGCAUGGUGAAUCAUCUUUAAACACGGGACUGCUUAAUGAUGUGCCUCCUGAGAUUGAGCUGUCUGAUUAUCGAAGGCUGCCAAGUUCUGGUAGUGAGAGCCCUUCUGGGCUUCUCAACGGAGAGGGCGUGAAGGUAGAAGCAAUUGCUGAUUUAGACCUAUUUUUUGAAAGGCUGUAUAACUACUACUGUGAAAAAGGACUUUGGUGCAUAAUCAUCAAGUGGGUGGUUGAACUGCUGAGCCUGGGUUUCACCAUAUGUUUCUCAGGGUUUUUCCUGUUAUUUGUUGAUUGGAAUGGCCUUCGAAAGGUAAAGUGUGGGAUAGAUGCAUUUGGGUCGGGAAAGAACUGUGAUCUGGCUAAAGAAGCUCUUCAUUCACACCCAUUAACUCCUUUCACACUUUCCAAAGGUAUUAUUGUUGGGUAUUUGGGAAUAUUUUCCAUCUAUUGGAUCUUCUGUUUUCUGAGGUUCUUUACCCAAUUGAAAGACACUUUGGAGAUCCGCCAUUUCUAUUAUAAUAGUCUCCAUGUGACGGACCGGGAAGUUCAAACUACAUCAUGGGCAUCAAUUCUUGGGAAGGUUGUUCAAAUACAAGGGUCACAGCAACUUUGUGUGGUGAAAGAUCUCUCAGCACAUGAUGUGGUAAUGCGAAUAAUGCGCAAAGAGAACUACUUAAUUGGGAUGCUGAACAAAGGUGUCCUUGCUUUCCCAAUUUCUUGGUGGAUCCCAGGAGCUGGUCCUGCCGUGAACUCUGGAGAGGAUGGAAAGAAAAAUUAUUUAAUGUUGACAAAGACUCUUGAAUGGACUUUGAAUUGGUGCAUACUUCAGAGCAUGUUUGACAGAAACUUUUGUGUCCGGAGGGACUUUAUUUCUAAUCCUUCUUCAUUAAAGAAGAGGCUAAUGGCAGUUGGGCUUGGGAUGCUUCUAUUGUCACCAUUUCUUGUCAUAUUUAUGUUGGUAUACCUCUUCUUGAGGCAUGCUGAACAGUUCUACAACCAUCCAAGUACUGCAUCAUCCCGAAGGUGGUCUACCCUAUCAAAAUGGAUCUUCAGGGAAUUCAAUGAGGUUGACCAUUUGUUCAGACACCGAAUCAACAACAGCUUAGUACAUGCUGAUGAUUAUCUGAAACAAUUUCCCUCUCCUAUUGUUUCUAUUAUAGCCAAGUUUAUCUCUUUUGUGGCUGGUGGUUUUGCUGCUAUUUUGAUCAUAAUUGCAUUUCUAGAAGAAUCUCUUCUAGAGGGCCAGAUAUAUGGUCGUAACUUGUUCUGGUAUGCUGCUGUUUUUGGAACGGUUACGGCUAUUAGCCGAGCUAUGGUGACCAAUGAGCUUCAGGUCCUUGAUCCACAAGGGGCUAUGUCUUUGGUAGUCCAACAUACACAUUACAUGCCAAAGAGAUGGCGUGGUAAAGAAAAUAUCGAUAUGGUCCGGAUGGAGUUUGAAACCUUAUUUCAGUACACUGGAAUGAUGUUAUUUGAGGAGAUGGCGUCUAUUUUUCUCACCCCAUACUUGCUUCUAUUUGUUGUUCCAAAGCGUGUGGAUGACAUUUUGCAGUUCAUUUCUGAUUUUACAGUGGAUGUUGAAGGCAUAGGUCACGUUUGCAGCUUAAGUGUCUUUGACUUUGAAGCCCAUGGAAACAGUAAUUAUGGUUCACCAUACAAUGCAUCUCACUCUCGAAGAAGCUCCCAAGGGAAAAUGGAGAAAUCAUUCCUAAGCUUUCAGAGUAGCUACCCUACCUGGGAACCUAAUGCUCAAGGAAAACAGUUCCUGUCCAUUCUUAGAAAUUUCAGGGAGCAGAAAUGGCAAGGGCAGGGAACUCAACAGGCAUAUUCGCCUCACAGGACAUGGCAAAGGAGUGAAGGUGACAUGCUUAGUUUUUUUUCAAGGGAUGUACUUACCAAUAAUAAUGGGGGUCUUCCCAGAGCAGGCUAUCAGUUGGGUUCAUUCUGGCCAAUCGGUGCAGAACAAAAGAAUCACCCUUAUAUACUUGAUUGGUAUUACACAUCUCAACCCCCUCAUAUGGCCAGUAAUUCAGAAGAUGCUCCAAAUUUACAGUGUGAGAUAACAGUAGAGCCAUCUAGAGAUAUCUGGAAGCCAUUUACCAACCCUACUGCACAAUAUGAACCAAGAUUUGAUGCAAACUGGGGUUAUCCUCCCGAGGACCGGAUACAGAGUCAGUUGGGAGCCUCCACCUCAGCCCCUUUCUUCCGGGAAAGUGUGCUUCAGCAAAAUGACUCUGGUGAUGUUAAGCCCUCUACUGAUAGCCAUUGGUGGGCCCGAAGUGAACCACAUUCAGUGGGGCCCCAGACAAGUUUCCUUGAGCCUCCUAAUUUUGUGCAUCACACUUCUGAUGAUCCCUAUGAAAAUAUUUCGGAUAGAAGCUCGGUGCAGGAGCAGCACUUGGACUGGAGGCAGUCCAACUCAUUGUCUAGGACAGCAUAUGUGGACGACUACGGGGAUGAUGGGGAUUUCAAUCUCCCAUUCAAUGUUUACAAUAAGCCAUCAGGAAACUUUACUAUGAGUCAACAGCCAACCAGCAGUGAGUGACUGCUUGCAACAGAACCUCUUGUUCUCUUUUCAAUAUGCUCACAGCAUGUGUUUGGAUUGCUUGCUAUUCAAGUGCAGCAAGGUGAUCUGUGUGAUACUCAAAACAUGAAGCUUCAUAUUCUUUGUUGUAUAUAAAUUCCAUUGGAAUGACAGUUCCUGUAUGGUUCUGCUUCUGCCAUUGUGCCUGGUAAGGUGGCCAAAGGAAAAAGGAGCCACCGUAAACUUGUGACAAAUGUAAACAGAUAAAUUAUUAUUCAACUCAAUUCAUUCCUUUUCAAA